UUCGCAUUUGUAUACCACCUGGAAUUAUCAUUUCCGGCUGUUACCCGCUGAAACGGUCCAAAGAUUGUACGCCAUUUUUGCAUACUGACGCCACAGCGCAUUGUUCUGAACGUUUAAUCGGUUUUUGCUACAUUUAUUCUAUUUACUCAUAUUUAAAGUUCCAUAAUGAGUGACAUUGAGCGAAGUAGCAGUCGUAGUGCAAGUCCUAGAAGACCAAGAACAGCAGAUGGUGGUUUAAGAGACUCGCGUUCACAUUCAAGAUCACGUAAAUCACGAGAGCGUAAAGAAUCGCACCGACCAGUAAAAGAAUAUUCAAGAUCACGAAGCCGUUCAGUGUCAAGAGGAAGAAAGUCCUAUCGUAGCAGCAAAUAUGCCAGUGCAGGUCAUCGUGGUAGUAGUCGCAGUCGUAGUCGCAGCCGUAGUCGUUCUACUCACAGGUUUGCGCGAUAUUCCCGAAGCAGAUCUCGAUCAUACUUCCGUUCUCGUUACUCUCGCGAAUGUGAUAGGACCAUUUAUCGUUCACACUCCCGCAGUCCAAUGUCAUCUAGACGACGUCAUGUUGGAAACAGGGAAAAUCCCUCUCCUUCCAGAUGCUUAGGUGUAUUUGGACUUUCUAUUUUUACAACCGAACAGCAAGUACAUCACAUCUUUUCCAAAUAUGGUCCUGUUGAACGUAUACAAGUUGUAAUUGAUGCAAAGACUGGGCAUUCUAAAGGAUAUUGUUUUGUAUAUUUUGAAUCACUUGAAGAUGCUAAAGUAGCAAAAGAACAGUGUGCAGGAAUGGAAAUUGAUGGUCGAAGAAUGAGGGUAGAUUAUUCAAUUACACAACGAGCUCAUACACCAACACCAGGAAUAUAUUUAGGAAAACCUACACAUCUACAUGAUAGAGGAUGGGAUGGACCUAGAAGAAGAGACAGUAGUUAUAGAGGAAGCUAUCGACGUUCACCUAGCCCAUACUACAAUCGCCGUCGCGGUCGUUAUGACAGAUCUCGAUCACGCUCCUAUUCACCACGUAAGUUUAAUUUUUGUUUUAUUAUAUAACCCAAUAUAAGCAAUUUAUAUGAAUAAGUAUCUUUUAAAAAUAUUUAUAUAGUAAAUAAUAUAUAUUUUAUUAUAUAUCAUUAUUAUUAAAUAAAUUAAUUAAUUAAUAAAUAUUAAAUUAAAUUAAAUUUUAAAGAAAUCAAAUUGAAUAAAAUAAAUAAUUUUCAUAGAUACAAUAUAAUACUUUUUUUUUUAAUUAAAAUUUAUAUCAUUAUUUACUUACAAUAGAAAUUCUUGAUUUAGAUUCUUAUUUUUAUAAAUUGCUUAUAUUUAUUUUCAAGAAGAAUGUUUAAGUAAAGUACAAAUAAGUAGUUAAAUUAGCAAGAAUGGAAGACAGGAGCAUCAAGGAAUGCAUCCAAUAAAUCGUACGGUAGUAACUAAGUGUAACCCGUAACAUGGGUCAAACAAUCAUAGUUUUUGUUGCUUAAUGAAUUUCAGGUCGAUAUUAAGUGACACGAGUGUGAUGCGAGAGGCCAGAUGUUUGGGAGACCAUUUAUGUGACUUGACCCUUUGACCUCAAAUUUCUUCUAACAAUACUGUACCGGGUCAAAAAAAAAAAUGCAAAUGCUACAUUCUUACUACUAUUCUUACCUUACCUAGUUCUGCAUCAUAUGCAAUUAAUUACAGCAUUUAAAUUACGAUAUUGUAAAAUAUCAAUUAAUGAAAUAACCUAAUAUGCAAAGGAGUAUAGUAUAUUCUUUGCAUGAAAGAGUAAGGUUAGAAUGGAUAAAAACCUUAUUUUCAUAAUGUUUCUAUUAUUUUCUGGAUGAAUUUUUAUGAAGAUAAGGUUUAUUUAUUGUAACGGUAUGAUACUGAUAUGUGAAGGUUGGAAUAUAAUUGUUUCCAUUUUUCUUUGACUUUAAUUAUUUGCUUAAAAAUUAUAUUCCAGCCAUUCGGAUUUUAAAUAUCACUGAAAUGUGAUAUAAAUGUGGUAUUCCUAAAUGUUUAUAUGAAAAAGAAAAAAGAAAAAAGUGGAAAGAACGAAACACAUACAGAAAAGAACGAAACAAAACAAAUAAAAUUAAAAAUAGAAGUAUGUUCUCUAACCUGUUUGUUUGUUUAUAAGGUUUUGAAUCAAGAGGUAUUGGAUGAUAGAGGGAAGUUUGAAGUUUCACUCUGAAAAAAUGAAAGUUUUGAAAAGUUGAAGACAAGAUAUCUGAAGAUGUUUGUCUUGCUCGAAUUUCGAAGAUCUGAAGGUUUUUCGCGCUUGUGACAAAGAAUAUGAUCCGAAUCACAUUCCUUACCGGCUGAGAAGUCUCAAGCCUAGAAGAACUGCAAGCCUCAAGACAGUAAGAAAUCGUUGAUCAUCAGGCCCCCGAUCUGGACAAGCCAAUGGUUGGGGGUGAAACUGGUCGAACGUUUCAGAAAAUAUUCAAGAAACAUCGAAAUCUUUUAUGAGUAGGAAAGAGCGUAAGCUGCUCCAAGGUUUAUACUGAUCAUAUUCUUUAUCAGUUGAUUUGGUUAAAUGAUAUAUCCGUAAUUAGGUGUUAUAAAAUAAAUAAACAUAUAUACCUUCGCCCUUAUUCCCUCCACCAUCCUAAAACCUCCUAUGUAUCCUUAAGGGUGAUAUCCUAUUGUUUUCACUUUGUAUAGGAAUAAGCAGCGGAAAUUCGAAUUGAAACAACUAAUAAACAAUGGUUUUUUUUUUAAUGCAAA